GGUUUGCGAUUCUAGCAACUAUGAUUACGCCUCACCAAAACAGCCUUACGUCUCGCUCACUCGUCGACAGAAUUCGCUCUGAAGCGGAGCAGGACGCGAGGAGAAAUGACGGGCAUUGUUUGCGUCACCGGCGGCAGCGGUUUCAUCGGUUCAUGGCUCGUCCGUCUCCUCCUCGACCGUGGCUACACCGUCCACGCCACCGUCAUGCGCCUCGGGGACGAGGCCGAGACGGCGCACCUGCGAUGCCUCCCUGGAGCCUCCGACCGCCUUAUCCUCUUCCAGAUCGACCUCCUCGACCCUGACUCCAUCCUCGCCGCCAUCCGCGGCUGCGCCGGCGUCUUCCACCUCGCCUCGCCUUGCACAGUCAACCGCGUCCAAAAUCCGCAGAGGGAACUACUAGAUCCGGCGGUGAAGGGGACACUCAACGUGCUCCGCGCGGCCAAGGAGAGUGGUGUGUGUCGCGUGGUUGUCACAUCGUCGAUCUCUGCCAUCAUCCCUAGUCCUGGAUGGCCGGCCGAUCGAGUCAAGGACGAGAAUUGCUGGACUGACCUUGACUACUGCCGGCAGAAAGAGCUAUGGUAUCCGGCGUCCAAGACGAUGGCCGAGAAGGCAGCUUGGGAAUUCGCGAAAGAGAACGGGUUGGAUGUGGUGGUGGUCAAUCCUGGGACGGUAUUGGGGCCGAUCAUUCCGCCAACGGUCAAUGCCAGCAUGGCCAUACUCGUCCGCCUUCUUGAAGGCUUGGAAGAAGAGUAUCCAGAUUUUUAUAUGGGAGCUGUUCAUGUCAAAGAUGUUGCUCUGGCACACAUUCUAGCAUACGAAAAUCCUGCAGCAUCCGGUAGGCAUUUAUGCGUUGAAUCCAUUUCCCACUGGAGUGACUUUGUAUCCAAAGUUGAAGAACUUUAUCCAGAAUUUAAGCUGCCUAGAUUCCCAAAGGAUACACAACCUGGACUUCUGAGAGCACAAAAUCCUGCAAAGAAAUUGAUCGAAUUGGGGAUGCAGUUCAUCUCCAUGGAACAAAUAAUCAAGGAUUCAGUGGAAGAUCUAAAGAGCAAGGGGUAUGUCUGAAAGCUAUGCUCUUCAAUUCCCUGUGAUUUCAUACGAAAUCAUAGCCAAUAAAUCUACUAUCAUAAGCUCAGUUUGUAGUAGUUUCUUCCGUGUCAUAGUUAUGAAUUAACUUUAUGAUUCUAGUUUAUCUAGCAUCGAGGAAUGUUGGUACAUGCUGAGUUUUUCGGCUGUAAAUGAAUAAAUGCUCAUGAAAUGUCUCUAUAAUAGGUUAUUUAUGUACGUUAGCUAUAAAAAUAAAUAAGCUUGAAUAUUAA